CGCAACACCGCGCUGCAGAUGGCCAAGGUUACCUGGAUAACUAGCAGACUGUUGAGGGUUUCGGCCUGGAUACGGGCAUUGCGAGCCGCAGCAAGAGCCCGCAGAUGCAUGGUUUUCCCGCCGCGGUGCGCAAGCCAACAAGAGAAGGGACCGGGGACAGUGCCCAUUGCGUUCUGGCUGAAUGACAAGGCCUUGCAUACAUCCGGAUUACCGAUAUCGCCCCCAUCACUUAGUUCAAGUAAAACAGGGGAAUGCCACCAUGUCUAUUGAUAUACCUCUUGGCAGCAUGUAGCCGGAUGUCUGCACCACGCAUCAAAGGC